ACUCUAUGGGAAAUUGCUUGAAAAAACGCUCGAGGCGUCCGAUUUUGGACGAUGAUAGCUUUAUGAUCAAUUCUUGUUUGAUGAUGAAAACCCCUAAGAAAAUCGUAUUCUGCCGGGGAAGUAUCAGGGAUAUUCAGAGGCUUGUGAAGGAGCUCACAAAACUUGUCGACGACAUCAUGAAGCUAGAAUUCAACGGAAAAUCUAUCCAAAAAGAGUGCACGUUAAUGUCACUAAAAGUGCUCCGUCUCCAAAACGAAUACUCACGCUUCUUCUACCUCCACAACUGUGAUCCGAGAGGAUUUACGGAUAAAAAGCUGCAAAUCGUCAAUCUCGGCUAUAACAACUUCACCCGGAUUAUGGAUGCUAUUGUGAAGGUGGAGAGAGAACUUAUUAAGGAUUUUUUGCCAAUUUACAAUUUGAUCAAGGCGCAUCGAUUUGCGAUCCAUCAGCUUGUUAUUGAGCAUCAGGAGAAGCCGUUUGGCGCGGGAAGGAUCAGACCGAAGCGGCAUUGUUAAUUGAUUGAUGUACUAAUAAAGCUUCAAAUUCUA